AUGUGCAGUCUUAAGGGACCCUUUCUUUUCAUCAUCUUGUCUCUUACUUUAAACUCCCUGGAAGCAACACCAGUCGAGAGGCUACUUUAUUUGGCUUUAUCUUAUGGGACAUCCAACCGACAAUUCAUUUAUCGGCUUGUUUGUUCAAUUUAUUUGUUUUUAACUCGCAACAGCCACCAUCUGGACAAACGGAGGUGCAACACCGCCACGUGUGUGACACAACGCUUGGCAGAUUUCCUGGUCCGGUCCAGCAAUACCAUCGGGACCAUCUACUCGCCUACCAAUGUAGGGUCCAACACUUACGGGAAGAGGAGCAGAGAACUUCCCAAUUAUCUACAGCUUUAA